AUGGAUCCGACGGUGCAUGAGAUCGAUGAUGGACCUCCGGCGCUCAAACGGGCGGAUGAGGUCAUAGAGCGCUUAACACAAUGUUGGGGCGAUAUAGCGUUGGAGGAGGAGGAGGAGAUCAGAUUUGAGCUGGUGGGGGAGGGCGUUGGAGUAGUGGCGGAGGAGGAGGAACGGCAGUGGGUGUGUGUCGGUAGGUUCUUGACGACAAAGGUGGUGAAGUUGGAGUACAUGCGGCAUGUGAUGGCCUCUGUUUGGCAACCGGUGUGGGGUAUGCAGGUUACGGAGAUUCAACCGGGAUUGUUUAUGUUCAUCUUUUAUGAUGAAACGGAUAUGCAGAGGGUCCUGGAUGAAGGGCCGUGGUCUUUUGAUAAUAGCACCCUCGUUUGUAAACAAGUGGAAUCUGGUACAAGGCCGGCAGCGGUUAAGUUAAACUCGGUGGAUAUGUGGGUACAACUAUAUGACUUACCGUUGGGAUAUACUUCUGAAGCGGUUCUUGAGCAAGCAGCCAAUUUUAUUGGUUCAUUUGUAAAAGUUGAUGAUCGUUAUCCGGGUGCACCAUGGAAGACGUUUCACCGGGUCCGUGUAUCAAUACCGGUGGAUAAGCCACUAAAACAGAGGAUGAAACUUAUUAAGCGAGAUAAGACAAGCUGCUGGGUAAAUUUCCAGUACGAACGCUUACAUAAUUUUUGCUUUCAUUGUGGUUUACUGGGGCAUGCCUAUAAAUUUUGUAAGCUGGCAAGGAAAUCAGGGCUCACUGCGGAUAAAUUUCCCUAUACGGCGGACCUGAAGGCGGGGGGAGGUAGCCGGGGGCCAAGACAAGUGGGGGAUCCAUGGUUGUACCGCUAG